AUGUCUUCCACAGAUGCUUCUCAAAAGAUCGACCUCUAUGCCGCAAGGCUAACAGAUCCAAAGAUCGACACGCGUACGAAAUCUAAUGUGGCCACCGAUCUACGUGAUUCCAUCGAAAGCCUAUGCACGCCUCCUUCAACCUAUGCAAAAUUCCUCGCGAGGUUAUGGCCGGUCUUCAAGAAGAUUUUGGAGGGGAAACCCGACUUCUCACCUACUUCCUUCGAGCAGGUCCUUCGAAAUCAAAUUUUGGAGAUCAUUCAUCGACUUCAACAUGCGCCGCCUGAGGUGGAACCGUAUGCGCUUGAUAUGGUGGAUACACUGAUGGAGUUGGUGCGGGUGGAAAAUGAAGAUAAUGCAGUUCUUUGUCUGAAGACCAUCAUGGACUUGGAACGCCACCAAGCAGCUGCCACAGCUUCCAAGGUCCAACCGUUUUUAGACCUCAUCCAAGAAAUGUUUGAAAUGAUGGAGCAGGUGGUCAAGGACACAUUCGACUCUCCCGUGAAUCAUCAUCAACCAUCCUCCUCAACGCCAAAUCCUCCCGGGGGGAAUUUACAAUCACCUCGUCCAGGCUCCCCAAAUACGACCGUCUCAGAUCCCGGGAACGAGAGGAAAGAGCACAUUCCACUUGCCAAGGGCAUGCAAUCGUUCAAAGUCUUGUCUGAAUGCCCCAUAAUAGUGGUCUCAAUUUUUCAAGCACAUCGAAGUUCCGUCGCGGCCAACGUCAAGAAAUUUGUUCCUUCCAUCAAGAGCAUUCUCUUGUUGCAGGCAAAAGCUCAAGAGAAGGCCCAUUCGGACGCCGAGGCAAACAAGACCGUCUUUACUGGUGUUAGCAAAGAUAUCAAGAAUCGCGCGGCCUUUGGCGAUUUUAUCACUGCUCAGGUUAAGACCAUGAGUUUUCUGGCUUACUUGCUGAGAGUAUAUGCCAAUCAGUUGACGGAUUUUUUACCUACACUGCCGAGUGUCGUGGUCCGAUUGCUCAAAGACUGCCCACGAGAAAAAUCCGGUGCCCGCAAGGAACUCCUCGUUGCUAUUCGUCACAUCAUUAAUUUUAAUUACCGCAAGAUCUUUUUGAAUAAGAUCGACGAAUUGUUGGAUGAACGAAUUUUGAUUGGUGAUGGACUUACAGUCUACGAAACCAUGAGACCGUUGGCAUAUAGUAUGCUUGCCGACCUGAUACACCAUGUUAGGGACUCUCUCCACCGUGAUCAGAUCCGGCGCACAAUCGAAGUGUAUACCAAGAACUUGCAUGACAAUUUCCCUGGUACAAGUUUCCAGACCAUGAGUGCGAAAUUACUGCUCAACAUGGCCGAGAGCAUCACGAAACUUGAGAACAAGGAAGACGCACGAUACUUCUUGAUCAUGAUUCUUGAUGCGAUAGGCGAUAAGUUCGCAACCAUGAAUUAUCAGUACAAGAACGCCGUGAAGCUCAGUAAACAAUAUGGAGACAAAUCCAAAGAAAAUCAGGUCGAGACGUACAUGGAUGACAAAAACCGCGUUCCGGAUUGGGACGAGGUCGACAUAUUCAACGCCACUCCGAUCAAAACUUCCAAUCCCCGAGAACGCGGUGCAGAUCCCGUGAAUGACAACAAGUUCUUGUUCAAGAAUCUGGUCAAUGGACUGAAGAAUAUGUUCUACCAGCUCAAGACUUGCAAUCCUCCAGGGCUCAGCAUCGACCAAACCAACAUCCCCAUGAACUGGGCUGAAGUGUCAUUUGGCUACAAUGCAGAGGAGACUCGGGUGGUCACGAAGCUCUUCCACGAAGGAGCCCGAGUGUUUCGCUAUUAUAGCGCCGAAGGUCUACAGCCCGAUUUGCAAUACACUUCUCCGGUUGAUUUCAUGGCCAGCCAUUCAAUGGCCCAAAUGACUCGAGACGAGAAAGAGCUUCUGGAAAGCUUCGGUACCGUCUUCCAUUGUAUUGAUCCAGCCACCUUUCAUGAGGUCUUCCAAGCAGAGAUCCCACAUCUGCAUGAAUUGAUGUUUGAGCAUACGGCGCUUCUCCAUCUACCGCAAUUUUUCCUGGCAAGCGAAGCCACCUCUCCAGCAUUCGCUGGGAUGGUGUUGCAAUACCUGAUGAACAAAUUGCCAGAAGUAGGUUCCUCCGACAUCGUGCGGUCGUCGAUUUUGUUGAGAAUGUUCAAAUUGUCUUUCAUGGCAGUCACAUUAUUCUCGGCCCACAACGAGCAGGUCCUUCUUCCUCAUAUUACGAAAAUCAUUACGCAAUGCGUGCAGUUGUCCGUGACGGCAGAGAAACCGAUCCAUUACUUCAUUCUCCUACGGUCAUUGUUCAGAAGCAUUGGAGGUGGCCGAUUUGAACUGCUUUACAAGGAAAUCCUCCCUCUCCUCGAAAUGCUCCUGGAGACUUUCAAUCACCUCCUUCAAGGAGCAAGAGACCCCCACGACAGGGACCUCUAUGUCGAAUUGACCCUUACAGUCCCUGCCAGACUAAGUCAUCUACUCCCUCAUCUCAAUCACCUGAUGAAGCCUUUGGUCGUGGCCCUCCGAGCGGGACCAGAUCUGGUUGGCCAAGGACUUCGCACCUUGGAAUUGUGUGUGGAUAACCUCACGGCGGAUUAUCUCGAUCCGAUCAUGGCACCAAUCAUGGAUGAUCUUAUGACUGCCUUGUUCGAGCAUUUGAAGCCUCAACCUUAUCAACACUUUCAUUCUCACACAACUAUGCGGAUACUGGGAAAGCUUGGAGGAAGAAACCGUAAAUUCCUCAAUCACCCACACCAGCUGUCAUUCCGUCGCUACACCGAUGAUGUGCCCAGUUUUGACAUCAGACUCAUGGAGACAAAUCGGGACCGAGCAUUUCCUCUUGAUACUGGGGUCGAUCUUGCCAUUCAAAAAAUUUCAGAGACUCCCAAGUCGACGACGUCGAAAUCUUUGGAUCUGUAUUACAAGCAACAAUCGUUCAAGCUCAUCACCAAUGAAGUGAAGCUUUUCAUCGGAAGUGACCAGCUGCCAGAUGAUUUCGCUGCCUUGCUACGGUUAGAGGCCAAUGAUCUCAUGGCCCGCCGAUUUACAACAUAUUCAGAUAUGCUAGAAGAAAACGAACUUGGAAAGUCGGUUCAGAAGAAACGAGAGCAAGAGGAAAAUCUGAAGAAACUCCUCAAGGCCUGUUUCAUGGCGACGACAGUACCGGAUCUCAAGUCGCAGGCUGACACCUUCAUUGCUAACAUCUCCCGACAUUUUACUAUUAUCGAACUAGGGCAAGCUCUUUGCGAUGCAGGUCGAAAGAUGAAAGAAUUUGAUGUCCAUGCCGGAGAAGGAGCGGUCCAUCUCAGCUCUCGCAUCCUUGCAGAUGUUCUCUGUGAUUGUCUGGCUUCCGACAACAUUGUCAUCCGGGAAGCAGCAGAAGCCUCAAUGGUUACGGUACUGGAGACUGCUCGUACUAUAUUUGGCAGUGAAGGCAAAGCAGCUGGGCUGCCCUUCUUUUCUCAUCUGACGCAGACCUUCUGCCAUCGGUGUCGUGAGGUCGAAUGGUUUACGAAAUCCGGUGCCACCUUGGGGAUCAAGAUCUUGAUCACCAAGUUGAAUCUCGGCAACGCGUUCUUAGGAAGCAAGUAUUUGGAUAUCACCAAAUCACUUCUCUAUGUCAUUAAAGAUACCCCUCAAGAAGUCCCGGCAAGUACGAGGAUAACCGCUCGGGAGAAUCUGGAGUACAUUCUUCGCAAGGUUUUGACUGGCAGCACCAAAGAAAUGCUUACUGUGGAGACCAGUCCUAUUCACAAACUUUCUGCAACCUUUAGUCUUGAACUAUCUCACAUGAAUAAGAAUGCCCGAGAGACAGCACAGUAUGCUUUCUCCAUCAUGGCAGAGAUGGUCGGUGUUGACGUGCAUGAGAUACUCUCUCCGGUCAAGGAACGGCUGCUGCAGCCGAUCUUUAACAAGCCGCUCAGAGCAUUGCCGUUCUUGUCUCAAACAGGCUUCAUUGACGCCAUCACUUAUUGCUUGGGCCUUGGACACGAUUUUGUACCACUCAAUGACCAAUUGAACCGUUUGAUGAUGGAAUCCCUUGCCCUAGCUGAUGCUGAUGCAGAAAUCCUCCACCCUAAACCAGAUGAAUUCAACAAUGCCCAAUUGAUUGUCAACUUGAGGGUGUCUUGCCUCAAGCUUUUGUCGAUAGCCAUGAGUUUACCUGAAUUUGCCGCCGGCCCACAAAACACCAGUCGUGCUAGAAUCAUCACGGUUUUCUUCAAGCUGCUCUAUUCAAAGUCGCCCGAGAUCAUCGAAGCUGCCAAUGCUGGCUUGAAGGAUGUACUGGUUCAGACAACGAAAUUGCCAAAAGACUUGCUACAGAACGGCUUGAGACCUAUCUUGAUGAACUUGCAAGACUCGAAGCGUUUGACAGUCGCGGGGCUUGAAGGCCUGGCACGCCUGUUGACCUUGCUCACCAGUUACUUCAAGGUGGAAAUUGGUGCUCGGCUCCUUGAACACAUGAAGAUAAUCGCGGAUGAGUCCCUGCUUCAAAAAGUCUCAUUUGGGCUAGUUGAACAAAAUCCCCAGAUGAAGAUUGUGACGGCAAUUUUCACCAUUUUCCAUCUGCUACCACCAGCGGCCACGAGCUUCAUGACGGACUUGGUGAACGGUGUGCUGGAUUUGGAGAGUAAACUUCGACGUACGAUCGCGAGUCCGUUCCGUCACCCAUUGAUCCUGUAUUUGAACAAAUAUCCUGAAGAUGCCUGGGGCUUCUUUCAAUCUCGUUUGCAGGAAGAAAAGUAUGGUCGAUUCUUUGGACAAAUCCUGGCUUCGGAGUCCAGUGGCUCUCUGCGGGAAGCCGUGAUGAAAAGCACUGGAGCAUUGAUCAAAGCCGCGUUUGAAGUUGAAGGUGAAGAAGAAAAGCACACAGCUGCAAUCAAUGGUAUUUACAUCGUCCACUCCAUCUGCUCCUUUGAACCAGCGAAAAAUUGGCUCAAAGACCACGAGCAACUUCGACUCAAGGUGUUGGCUGCUGGACAAGAGCUUGAGCAACGCUUGAGAAAAGACCAGCUGCAACCGUCACAAAGAUUGCGUGCCGAACAGACGGGGGACCAAGUGAUGGAUGUUGUCACCCAGUAUCUUGUAUCAUCUCCGGAGGAUGUUAUCUUCAUGAUGGAUGUUUUCUCCUCCGCUUCCCAAGGCACUAUCAAGGCACCUCUGAAAUUGACGAAGUAUCUCUUCGACACGAUCAUCACCGACGAAUCUGUCGAUCGCCGAUUCAAUAUCAUUGAGAAAUGUUUGGAGCUAUACUCCCAUAAGUCCGAGUCACAGAAGGUGAAGACUUUCUUACUACACAAUGUGGUGAAUCCCAUUAUGGCUAGAGACAUACAAAACAAUCGUGGAGAAAACAACAGUGCAGGUAAUAUUGCAGACAGCAGACUCUUCCAUCUCUUCUUAGAGCGACUCUGGAAAUCAUCUUCUCCAGAAGUGAGUGAUGAGUCUGCUCUACCUGGCGUCGAUCAUUCGCGUAUGGAGGCGCUUCAACUGUCCGCUUUCGUCCUCAAGUAUCACAAAGAUGCGGUUUCUGAAGAUCGUAAGGAGAUCAUCAAAUAUUCCUGGGGCCAUAUCAAACUUGAGGAUGUGAUCAACAAGUACGCAGCUUAUGUCCUAAUUUGUUACUUCAUUAGAUCAUAUGAAACACCUCCUAAGGUCGCCGUCCAAAUCUACAAUCAAUUGUUGAAAGCCCACCAGAAUGAAGGCAAGGCCUUGGUGGCCCAGGCCCUUGAAGUCCUUGCUCCAGUGCUACCUCUCAGGAUGAAUGCACCAAAUAGCACACCUGGUGACAAGCGUUCUCCCCAUUGGGCUCGAUUACCACGCAAGAUCCUAAACGAAGAGACCGGUAAUCUCCAACAAGUCCAAAGCAUCUUCAAUUUCAUCGUCCGUCAGCCCGACUUGUUCUACGAGUCACGGGAAUUUUUUAUUCCGACGAUGAUCCAGAUGCUACACAAGAUUGCCCCUCCACCAAAUCCUUCUAACGAGAGCAAGAGACUUGCUCUUGCCCUAAUCUCCUUGAUUAAACAAUGGGAAACAAGGAGAGUCUCGGCUGGCUCUCCUCAAUCCACCGCGGACUUGACUCCCACGAAAAUGAGGGAUUCAAACGGGACACAGGCGCUGCCCCCGCCCGCCGGCAAAGACCGAGCCGAAUAUCUCAUCCCGCUCGAGCAACGUACAGUAGUGGUCAAGUACGUGAUCAACUUCAUCACAACACUACCAGAACGAUUUCCUGUGCCAGCUGCCGAGCUAAAAGCCAAGACCAUGCAGAAAGCUCAGCAACAAGCUCAGUCGAAUGACAUGUGCAAGAAAGGUGUGCAAUUGCUUCGCGAACUCCUCGCUCCAAAUUUGUGGGCCGACGUGGAUGUCGGUCUUUACCAGAAACUCUUAUUACCCAUCCUCGCUGGAGAGAAGGCUGAUAAAGCGGAUGAAAAGCAGCUGACCUGCAUGAUCAAUGCUUUGCAGGUGAUGCGCAUAUUGAUGGGAACCAAGUCCAACGAGUGGAUCGUCAAUCAUAUGGAGGAAAUCCAGAAACUCCUCGAGAAGCCUCUCAAAAUGGAGGAUCCAGAAAUUCAAGACUGCCUACACCUGGUUACCGAUGAGAACAGCAAACAUUCACCAUUGGUUCGUCAGAUCCUUGAAGCGAUCCCGAAGCAGAAAACCGAGGAUGAAGACGCCAUGGAGUUGGAUGCUUCACCCUCCGACUUCCCCACAAGAUUUUCGAAAGUCAUGAUCGGUGAGGCACUCUCUUCUGGAAACUACACUUCUGGGAUCAACAAUUUGUGGACACUCUCCUUGGUGCGUCCAAGCGAUGUUGAUGACCACAUUGCAGGUGCAAUGAAAGCUUUGCAACAAAAGUUGGCCAAGGAACACAUCAACGCUUAUGUCAUCCCCCCCGGGCCUCCACCGCAAGGCUGGCGACUGGGCGAACCUUUAAUGGAUCCUUAUGAAUUUGCACUCGGCGUGGACCUCAUCAAAAAGACUGUCGAUAUUCUGUCUUCUCGAAUGGGUGAACUCAACGAACAACGCCGCCCCUUCUUGAGUGUACUUGCCUCCUUGGUGGAGAAGUCUUUCAACGUCGAGAUGUGCAGUAAAGUGUUGGACAUGGUAGAGAAAUGGGUUUUCAACUCCAAUGAGCCAUGGCCUACUCUCAAGGAGAAGACUGCUGUACUCCACAAAAUGCUGAUAUUUGAGAAGUGGCCGACCCAAAACCUGCUGGAACGCUUCCUCGAACUAGUCAUCAAAAUCUACGAGGACCCAACAGUCACGAGAACCGAGUUGACAGUGCGUUUGGAGCAUGCUUUCCUGAUAGGAACUCGUGCGAAGGACGUGGAGAUGCGUAAUCGCUUUAUGAGCAUCUUCAACCGCGCACUCUCCAAGACGGCGAGCUACCGUCUCAACUAUGUCUUGACUUUACAGAAUUGGGACACUCUCGCCGACUCAUUUUGGUUGAAACAAGCGUCACACCUUAUCAUGGGCUCGGUAGAAAUGUCUAUGCCUGCUCGGCUACAUCCAGAGGAUGUACGAAUGGCACCGGUCUCACAGAUGUUCAGUGCGGCUUUGGUGAAUCCAGACCAACGAAGGGAUGAUCUAAUCAUCGAGGACGGGCUUGAAGUGCUAGUGGUGGCACAACGUCGCUUCAACCAAGAAAUUCAUGAGGUUAAAGUGCGCGAUCUGCUUGACCCAAUCACUCAGCUGCAGCACGCAGACGAUUCUGUCGCCUAUGACGUUUGGGUGAAGCUCUUUCCAUUGUGUUGGUCGGCUCUGAAUAGGGACGAGCGACUUGAUCUCGAAAAGGGCAUGGUCACACUCUUGACCCGAGAAUACCAUCAGAGACAACUCAAUCUACGUCCGAAUGUUGUCCAAGCCUUGCUCGAGGGUGCAGUACGCGCUAAACCCCGGUUUAAGGUACCGCCACAUGUGAUGAAAUUCUUGAGCAAGACUUAUGAUGCCUGGUACACUGCGUUAGUAUCAUUGGAAGAGUCUACCGUCGACCCUCUCAUCGAUACCCCACAAGUGCGCGAGAGCAACCUUGAUGCGCUCGUCGAAGUGUAUGCGGGCCUGCAAGAAGACGAUCUAUUCUACGGCACCUGGAGACGAAGAUGCAAGUUCAUGGAAACGAAUGCCGCGCUUUCAUACGAACAACAUGGUAUAUGGGACAAGGCGCAACAAUUGUGGGAGUUGGCACAAGUCAAAGCCAGGACAGGUGUCGUUCCCUUCUCACAAGGAGAGUACUUUCUUUGGGAAGAUCACUGGAUGAUCUGCGCACAGAAGCUGCAACAAUGGGACAUUCUCGGCGAAUUUGCCAAACACGAAAAUUUCAGCGACCUUCUCCUAGAGUCGGCGUGGAGAAACUAUGAGGCAUGGUCUGGCGACGAAAAUCGCAAUCAACUAGACGGCAUGAUCAAGUCGGUGUCCGAUGCACCAACCCCCAGACGAACUUUCUUUCAAGCAUUCAUGGCUCUACUGCGGUAUAACUCUAAGCAAGUGUCUCGAGCGGAAUUCCAGCAUGUUUGUGACGAAGCCAUCCAGCUUUCAAUUCGAAAAUGGCAUCAGCUUCCUAAACGCAUCACUAAUGCUCACAUACCGAUUUUGCAAAAUUUCCAACAGCUCGUUGAGUUGCACGACGCCAGUGUGAUCUGCGACAGUCUCAUGGGUACCAAUGAGCGCAAUCUCGACAACAAAUCGCAGGAAGUUAAGCUAUUGUUACAAGCCUGGAGAGAUCGCCUUCCAAAUAUUUGGGAUGAUAUCAACGCUUGGCAAGACCUAGUCACUUGGCGUCAGCAUGUGUUCCAACUUGUGAACUCGACCUAUCUACCUCUGUUACCUCAAGGCGGAAAUAAUGUCGGAAACAAUUCGUAUGCUUUCCGUGGCUACCAUGAGACCGCUUGGAUAAUCAACAAGUUUGCCCAUGUCGCUAGGAAACAUCAGAUGCCAGAAGUCUGCAUCAAUCAGCUUGGGAAGAUCUAUACCCUGCCUAACAUUGAGAUCCAAGAGGCUUUUCUCAAGCUAAGAGAACAAGCCAAGUGUCACUAUCAAAACAAAUCUGAACUCAACAAUGGCUUGGAUGUUAUCAACAAUACCAAUCUUAAUUACUUCGGCGCGCAACAAAAGGCUGAGUUUUACACCUUGAAAGGCAUGUUUUUGGCCAAACUUCAACACGCAGAAGAGGCAAAUGAGGCUUUUGGUGUAGCCUUGUAUUAUGACCUACGUCUCCCGAAAGCGUGGGCUGAAUGGGGUCAGUAUUCUGACCGCAAAUUCAAGGAGAAUCCAGCCAAUAUCGAAGCUGCUAGUAAUGCAGUUAGUUGUUAUCUCGAAGCAGCGGGAUUGUAUAAGAGUGCCAAGUCCAGGAAAAUGCUCAGUCGCGUUCUAUGGCUCCUAAGCUUGGAUGAGGAGGAGGGGCAUAUUGCAAAGGCAUUCGAAGAUUUCAAGGGAGAGACUCCCAUAUGGUACUGGACUACAUUCGUACCACAGUUACUGGGAAGCCUUGAACAUAAGGAAGCACCGCUUGCCAAGUCAGUGCUCGUAAAAAUCGCCAAAGCAUUCCCCCAAGCUCUUUUCUAUCAUCUUAGGGCGACACGCGAAGAAUUUCUCACCAAGAGGAAGCAAUUCGAUAAUCAGAAACGCCAGCAGCAAGCUAAGCAAGAAAAAACCGAAAGUGGAUCAAGACCAGGUACAGCAAAUGGUGAAACACCGGCAAAUGGAGCCUCAUCGCCCAAGGCCAAGCAAGAGCCCAAUGGAGACAAUCAAGCAAAUGGGGCUGAAGCUGAAAAGACGGAAGAACCUAAAAAGCCGUGGGAUCACACUGAUGAAAUUAUGGCUGGAUUGAAGACUGCUUUCCCAUUGCUCGCCCUCAGCAUGGAGACAAUGACUGAUCAACUUUCGAAGCACUUCAAAUGCCCCCCGGACGAGGAUGCCCACCGACUCAUUGUUGCGCUUCUAAACGACGGACUGGCCUAUAUUAGUAGGGCUCCAAUCAAUUACGCCGAAGGAGCCAAAUUGCCACCUUCUACAGAAGCCAAUAUCGCCCGGUUCGUAACAUCUGUACUUCCAGCUCAUAUCCGCAAGUCUUUCGAGGCAGAUUUCGUACAGCAAAGACCUACCAUGUACGAAUACAUUCACAAGCUGAGAAGAUGGCGCGACAAGUUUGAGCAGAAGCUGGAUCACAAACAACAGUGGAAUCCGCUUGAAAACUACAGCCAUCACCUGAGUGAGUUCAAAUUCCUGAAGUUUGACGACUCGAUCGAAGUGCCAGGUCAAUAUAUGCAACACAACGACAAGAACACCGACUUUGUUCGCAUCGAGCGAUUCAUGCCUACCGUCGAGGUUGUCCGCGGAAAUAGUAUAUGUCAUAGGAGACUUACUAUCCGCGGCCAUGACGGCUCGCUUCAUCCUUUCGCAGUGCAACAUCCUACAGGAGGCAAAGUUCGUCGAGAAGAGCGAAUCGUUCAACUGUUCCGAAUUUUCAACCAGACUCUCGCCAAACGAAAAGAAUCUCGUCGUCGCAAUUUGUACUUCCACCUUCCGAUAUUCGUACCUAUUGCCCCCUACAUUCGACUGGUACAAGAUGACUCUUCCUACGUCACCCUGCAAUCAAUCUACGAGGACCACGUCCGUAAAAUGCCAGGAAUGUCCCGCGACGAUCCCAUGAUGUUCCUGCUCGAGAAAUCUCGUGCAAUUGCUGAGCAACAGAAGUCCUCACCCAGAUCGCAAGAACAACUUGCAGUUAUGAAGACCGAAAUUUUCAAUACAAUCAAGGAACGGUGGCUGCCAAAUACUGUUGCACUCAGUUACUUCCAGGCCAUCUACCCCAGUUACGCAGACUUUUGGCUAUUCCGACGACAGUUCGCCUAUCAGUUCGCGGCCACGACCUUCAUGACUUACAUUAUGCACAUGUCCGCUCGCUAUCCAACCAAAAUCUCAAUUUCUCGGGCAACUGGUGACAUCUGGGCAAGCGAUCUAUUGCCCAACCUCAAUUCCGCCAAGGCGUACUUCUUCAAUCCGGAAGCAGUUCCAUGCCGUCUGACUCCCAACCUACAAACACUGAUCGGCCCGCUCGCCAUCGAAGGCAUCUUUACAGCAUCUCUCAUGGCAAUCGCCCGUUGUCUCGCAGAACAAGAUCAAGGCUACGAAAUGGAGCAACAACUCAGCAUCUUUGUGCGUGACGAAAUGUACAAUUGGGCAGCAGGACGAUCCCAUUCGAGCAGCGAAGCCAAGAUGGAAGGCCAACAUCUCCGAGAAUUGGUGUCUCAGAACGCGGAUUUCGUCGUGCGUAGGGCACUGACGUUGGCGAAAACUCAAGGAAGCGUCGGCAAUACUCCCGAAGCGGCGGGCGUAGCCGGCGUGCUGCCUGCGUGUCAGAACGUGGUGGAUCUCGUCAGUAAAGCAACGGAUCCCAUGAAGUUGAGCGCGAUGGAUGGGCUGUGGAUGCCUUGGUUGUAA